AUGGAAGAGGAUGUAGAAGAAAACACCAGUGGACCUUUGAAUUUGUUAGUAGCGCGACGUUCAUUUAAGAAUAGCAACUACGUUGGCCCGAAAAAGUCGAAAAAUCUUAAACAAAUUCUGGCACUGGAAAAGACGAUGGAUUUGGCCAUUGAUAUACCAACAUAUCAAAACAUCGAAUGUCCCCCUUCAAUUUUACCGCAAAAGAAGUAUUGCGAUAUCACUGGUCUGGAUGCGCGAUACACUGAUCCGAAAACUGGCUUACGAUAUCACAAUGCCGAAAUCUACCAAUUCAUCCGAUCCUUGGGCGUACCAAACGUACAAGCAUAUCUGGCCAGCAGAAAUGCAGCUGUCGUGUUGAAAUAA